UACAUAUUCAUACGAGAGAAAAUCGCCGGAAGUACAAGUGGAUUAAAAAAGAUGGCUGCCUCGGUACUUGUCCAAGAGAGAUUACUGAAUCUUCUACGAGGAGCAUCAUGGAAACACAAGGGAUUUCAUGGGUUUAUUGUUGGACGCCAAAAUGAAUCUGCUGUAGAAGCUUUAUUUAGUACAUAUUGCGGAGCAAGUGAUGAAAAGGUUGUGACAGAUACAACAAGACAAUCACAGCAACUUCUUCCGGGAGGUCUUGAAUUGUGUGGUGUGAUCGUUGUGACUGAUACAGAGGCUGGACCAGCCAACACAAGGGCAGCUGUCCAGGCACAUAUCUCCAACAAGCUCCUGGAGACUCUAGGAGAAAAGCCCUUGAUUGUGUGUCAUGUCCAGUUGGGGUCUGGUCAACUCAGCACCAACAACUUCCUCCUGCUGGACACUGACCAGGAAGUGUUAGACUGCCAGGUCAGUCUGACCCGGGACGAUGUGCUGGCCAGCAGCGUGGUGUUCCGACUGCAAGCACAUGUUCCCAUCACAGUCUCUAUAGAUUCCAGCUCAAAAGACUGGCAGCAAGCCAUCAACUGUGAGAUGGGUCGAGUGUGUCGCAGCCUCCAGUCUCCUGCAUGCGUGUACUCAGUGAAAAACACACGUAUCCUGCUCACGUCCUCGGAGGUGAAGGGUGUGUCAGGUGACCAGUCAUGUGAAGUCCUGUACCAACACAUCGAGUCUGAUGAUGAUGUGCCGGUGUCUCGCAGUAAGAAGAGAGGAGUAAAGGACCAGGGGCCUCUCGGGGUCGAGCUGCUGCUGUUGGUGAGUGAGGAGGUGGCUGGGGAUGUACCAUGCUGUGCACCAGUUGUUCAUCAUAAUAUAGGAGAUUUCAAAGCAGUUAAGAUGUUGCUGCCUCUAGAUGUUUUAUCAGUCAUCAAGUCAGAUGAAAGUAUAGAAAAUUUGCAUGCUGCCUUCACUACAGCUGUGAAAAGCCAACUAGAAUCAAUGAAAGAUUGUCUGUGUCAGUACAAACAGGGAGAGAAGUUCCACAUCCCUGAAGCCUUCCACUUCCGACCUGGUGGCGGACCCAGCUUCAUCACCCAUGUGUACCCCCAGACAGUGCCAGAUGAAGAGAUGGAAAGCCAGCGACGAGAUCUUCAUCACUUACUGAUGUUGCCUGCAGACAGACCAUUGUUCCGACGUGCGAACCAAUACAUGUUUCCCGGACAACCUACAGCAGGCGGAUACUUGCUCAACCCACACACUGGCCUCCCUGCAGGAGGAGUUGGAACCCAGUACCUGGUGGAGGGGACAUACAGCUACCAUCACUACAUGCAGGACCGCUUCAACGACAACCAGUGGGGAUGUGCGUACCGCUCUCUCCAGACACUGGUGUCCUGGUUCCGUUUCCAAGGUUACACAGACAAAUCUAUCCCCACCCACAAAGAAAUACAGCAGGCUCUGGUUGAUAUUGGUGACAAGGAAAAGUCAUUUGUUGGGAGUCGGAAGUGGAUUGGCUCACUUGAAGUUGGGUACUGUCUGGAUCAGUUGAUUGGGGUCACAUGCAAGAUUAUGAACGUUAGCAGUGGCGGGGACCUGGCUAGUAAAGGGAGAGAACUGGCAUCACACUUCACUCAUCAGGGCACUCCGAUCAUGAUUGGUGGAGGUGUCUUGGCUCAUACCAUCCUGGGGGUGGACUUUGAUGAAGUAACAGGCAACAUUCGCUUCCUCAUCCUGGACCCCCACUACACAGAGUCAGAAGACCUGAAGGUCAUCUUGGAUAAGGGAUGGUGUGGCUGGAAGGGUCCAGAUUUCUGGGAGGUGAAUUCUCACUACAAUCUCUGUAUGCCUCAGAGACCACAGCUCAUAUAACGUGUGAAGUACCACCUUUGUAAGAUAGCUGAAUGAACGUGUGUAAACAUAAACUAACAUAUUGACAAAA